UUACCCUCUCGCAGCUCGUCUCUAGGCUCUUAGGGCUAGUUACUUGGGGAACAAUCCAAACCAGAUUUAGGGCUAACUAGUACUGGGAUUUGGGAAUCAAGUAACAUGGAAAGUAGCAAAGAUAAAGCUAUAAAAUCAAUAGGUAUUGCCGAGAGGAAAAUCUCAGAGAACGAUUACGUAGGAGCCAAGAAAUUCGUUGACAAAGCUCAGAAUCUGUAUCCAAAGCUUGAUGGAUUGAAACAAGUGUCGAUGAUGAUCGAUGUCUACAUCUCUGCAUCAAACAGAAAAGGAGAAGCUGAUUGGUAUGGAGUUCUUGGUGUUGAGCCUUUGGCUAAUGAUGAAGCUAUCAAGAAACAGUACAAGAAGCUAGCUCUUUUGCUUCAUCCCGAUAAGAACAAGUUUACUGGCGCAACAGAGGCGUUUAAGUUGAUCUCAGAAGCUUGGUGUCUGUUAUCUGAUAAGGCUCAGAGAUUUUCUUAUGAUCUGAAGAGGAAAUCAAAAGAUGUAAAUAGUGGAAUGCAGCAGAAAGAACCAAAGCGACACAAGCCAGACUUUUCACAGAGGAAUCAGCCAAAACAUGAGUAUGAGUACGAGUCCGAGUCUGACCCUGAGACUGAGACUGAGCCUGAUUUUACAUGGGAUAAGGCUCAAUAUAAGCGUGAGCCAGAUUUUUCAUGGAGUUAUGUGGAAGCCAGUACCUUUUGGACAAGGUGCGAUAGAUGCAACACUUAUUGUCAAUUUGGGAGUGAUAGUGCUUAUCGUAAUGGGACCUUAUCUUGUCCAAACUGCAGACAGGUUUUUGUUGUAACCGAGAUAGAACUAGAGGUGAUCGGAGGGAGGCGAGUCAUCAGGUUCAACAAAAGCAGAACCGAUGCUUCUUCUUCAAGUACUUCAGCAUCUGCUAGCGCAAGGCUUCAGAAUGAUGUGAGCAUAUGAUUCUUUAUCUGAACAAGAGAAGGAAUAGGUUUUGGUUUUGAUACAAUGGCAAAUUCGGCUCUUUGAUAUUAGAGAAGAAAGAUUGUGAUGGUGAAGCUUUGAGAUGAUGGGGAAUUUCCACUUACCAUGCGCAGUUGCUAAGGAGACCGAUGGGACUGAUUAUGAUAAAGCUGUUAUGAGCCGUUGAUUACUGGAAGAGUUGCUAAUCGUAGGCUGAGAAUUAGACCUCAAACGAUGUGGACAUGCUUUUACAUAAGUUAACUAACCCGUGCGGCUGAGAAUUGGACCUCAAACGAUGUGGACAUGCUUGUACAUAAGUUAACUAACCCGUUUGUCCAAAAAAAGAAAAGUUAACUAACCCGUAAUCCUUGCUGAAUGGUACAGCUCAGAGUAGUCUCAUUCUGCUUGAGGAAUUGCAAACUCUGAUUCUUUUUAAGAAGCUGAGGA